GUCUUCUCAAUCUGUCUUCUCUAAUUGGUUAAUUUCAUUCCUCCACUCUGAAAUUCCAUAGUCCAUCCAUUCACAACUUCAAACUUCAGUGUUUGGUUUGAUUAAAUUUACUCUCACUUUGAUCGAUGGCUUCUCCGACUCUUCUGCUGCUCUUCACGGCCACUUUGCUUCUUUCAUCCUAUGGCUAUGGGGCAUCGGAAUCAGUUUCAUCGUCCAGCGCCGAGAAGCGCAACUUCGCCGUUGACUUGACCGCCGUUGACUUCGACGCCGUCCUCCGAGACACUCCGGCCAGCUACGCCAUCGUUGAGUUUUACGCUCACUGGUGCCCUGCUUGCAGAAACUAUAAGCCACAUUAUGAGAAAGUUGCUAGACUUUUCAAUGGGGUAGAUGCUGUUCAUCCCGGAAUUUUGCUACUCACUAGAGUCGAUUGCGCUUUAAAGGUAAAUAUUGAUCUUUGUGAUAGGUUCUCUGUAAAUCACUACCCCAUGCUUUUCUGGGGUAAAUCUUCUGAGUUUGUCAAUGGCAAUUGGAGUCUACAUGGAGGAAUAGGAGAAAUGCGUCCCAUUGAUAAUGGACGAACCCACGUUCAAUUGCUCAACUGGAUUAAUAUAUACUUGAAUAGCAUGUAUGGCUUUGAUGACGAGAAGAAAGAGGAAAGUGUACUUCUGACAAACGUUACAAACCUCGGACAGGUGCAGAUUUCUUAGUUCUAAAAUGUUAAGAAGUGAUUAAGAAAGUCGGCAAAGGAAAAGAGAAAUUAAUUCCUUUAUAAUAUAAUGCUUCUUCUAUUUGUAUUAUGAAGUGAUACGAUAGAUUAUUCUCAUAAUUUUUUCCAGAGGUAUUUAUGUAUUACUAAAACUAUUUAAUUUGCUUACAAUAUAAUGGAGUUAUUUGUUAUUUUUGUAA